CUCCGACUUCUCCACCUUCAUUCAGUCUUCCUCCUUCAGUCGAUCGCACUUGACCGUCUGAAGAGUUCUCUCUCUCUCGCCACAAGUGAUCAUAUCGCACAGAUCUUGAAUGUGACCCGAGAUAGCCGCUAAAUAGUAAUUCGCGAAAAAAAGCACACGUUUCAGCGAAUUAUCUCAUUGAGGAAAGUGCCAUUUGCAUUUUCUGCGAUUAACACGGCAAUUAUUGUGUUAAAAGUUCAGUGAAAAAUUGACAAGAAUAACUUCUUAUAUCCACAUCAACUUGUUGAAUUCCAAUUGACACGCACACACGCACGCUCAUUCACAAGCUCACUGAGGAAUUUCCCACUGAGUGCCGCUCAAUCGCCGAAUGCCGACUGACGGUUAAGAAAAAGCAAUUAUCCGUGCAUUUUUCAAUUGGUAAAUUAGUUAAACACAGCCGCAGAUCUAAUAUUUAUCUUGUUUCGUGCUUUAUGAACUUGAACAUGAGAUAAGAUGAACUUCAAUUGAAUCAUCCCACAGUCAGUGUCUCACCAGAGAGCAAUAAUAAAGUAUCGUGCGUUCAAUACAAUAGGAGCAUAAAAUACUUUUUAUCACAUCACUCUUGAGACUUUUUGAGUAAAACAGUGGCCUUUAUAUUUCGUGCUAAACACACACACUUAGCACAUUAAGAUUAAGUACUAUAGAGCAAAUAGACGGAUUUACCAGUGUGUUUUGCUAAAAAAAACCAAUUAAGUGAUAAAGUACAAACAAACAACUGCAUUCCGUCUGAUAAAUUGGUCAAUAUCAGAUUUUACCUCGACAUUGCGAUAAAUUUGCAUAAAAAUAAACAAGUGGCAGUGAAGGUGUUGCAAAAGCCAUAUGAUUUGUAGGCGAAUCGUGAAUAAAAGUGCAGAGAAAAUAUGGAUAUAGCAGAGACGAGCUUAAAUACCAACAGCACAGAUAAACAUGACGCUGAAGCUCCGGGUACGCAGAAGAAACUGGAGAAUGGUCAGAAUGGCCAGGCAGUGGUUGAGGAGGCGCCAAAUGCUCACACCAUGUCAUACAUCGAGACAAUUGUCCACGUCUUCAAGGGAAACAUCGGUCCAGGGCUCUUUGCAAUGGGAGAUGCCAUGAAGAACGCAGGUUUAAUUCUUGGACCAGUUCUCACCAUUAUCAUUGGCAUUGUCUGCGUCCACUGUCAGCAUCUCCUGCUGCAGUGCUCCAAGAAGAUGCGCAACAAGGCCAACAUGAAGAGCUACCCAGAUUUCGCACGCACUGUGGAGCUCUGCUUUGAAAAUGGACCACCAAGAUUGAGGCAAUGGUCCAAGACGAUGAGGAUCAUCGUCAACGUGUUCCUCUGCGUCACUCAGUUGGGAUUUUGCUGUGUGUAUUUUGUCUUCGUCAGCACCAAUCUGCAGCAGAUCUGGAAUCAGUACGGAAUCGUCAUCAACGACUAUCUGAACCUUCUACUCAUUUGUGCACCAAUCCUUCUGACCAGUCUUAUCACCAAUCUCAAGUUUUUGGCGCCCUGCUCCGUUCUGGCCAGCGCUUUUAUGCUCAUCGGCACUGGAAUCACUCUCUACUUCUCUGUGGACAGUCUUCCCAGUCCAUCUGAGAGGAAUUAUGUGUCCUCAUUGGAAACCAUGCCACUCUUCUUCGGCACGACUCUUUUCGCCUUCGAGGGCAUCAGCCUGGUGCUUCCACUGCAAAAUGCCAUGAAGGUUCCGAGGAAUUUCCAUCGCCGUGCAGGUGUGCUCAACGUAGGAAUGGUAUUCGUCACAUUCCUCUUCACGGGCCUCGGUUUUCUCGGCUACCUCAAGUACGGCGAGGACGUUGAGGGGAGUUUGACUCUGAAUCUCCCUCAGGAUGAUCCUCUGGCACAAUCUGUGAAGAUUCUCAUCUCUCUGGGAGUUUUGCUGGGAUACGCUCUGCAGUUCUUCAUCGCCAUUCAGAUCAUGUGGCCAGGAAUUGAAGAGAAACUUGGCCCAUUCUCAUAUCCGCUCGUCGGCGAAUUUAUCUUCAGAACUUUCAUGGUUUUCGUUACACUGGCCAUUGCAAUGACUGUGCCGAAGCUGAGUCUCUUCAUAUCUCUAAACGGAGCCCUCUGUUCCACUGCCCUGGCACUUGUCUUUCCACCCUUCAUCGAGCUUGUGGUGACUUGGGAAGAGAGCAAAGGUCCGGGAGCUGCAAUACUCUUGAAGAAUUCCACCAUCAUGAUCAUCGCGUUGCUGGGCUUCAUCACGGGCAGCUAUGAGAGUUUAGCACAAAUAAUCCGGGAGUUCUCCAGUUAAACGCCAUAA